GAAUCGAAAGCGGCGGCUUCUCUCACGCGCCGCCCAAUCAGGACCCGCUCUCGGCCCGCGCCCCAUUUCGCCUUAGCGGCCGGCCGCCGCCUCCUGCUCUCGCCGGCCCGCGUCGCCAUGCAGCCCGUGUCGUCGCCGGUUGCCCUCAGAGUGGCUCCGCACGACCCGUACAGGCCGACCCCCGCGAGCCCCUACCCCUACCCAGUGGCCUGCGUCGUCGUCCAGCCCCCGCAAGACUUCGUCAUCUGGUCGAUGUUUAGUUUAACCUUCAUGAACCACUUCUGCCUCGGUUUCGCGGCUCUCAUUUUCUCCAUCAAGGUGAAGCCGCCCUUUCCCACCCACGAAAAAAAGGGCGGGAAAGCGCCAUUACCUCACUAACCCAGUUAUUUGCCCCCCGCUUCCGGUUUUCUGCCGUCCCUCAGUCUUGGCUGCUUUUCCUCCCCAUGGGACUGGAUAGCAUUUCUGCCUCCGCUUCUUGCUUUACUCUCAUUUUCUGGGGCAGAUAUCAUUCUUCUUCCACCCCAUUCACUCAGGUCUUGGAGUGGGCCACAGACCCCUUCCCUUUCCUAGCAGCAUUUGGCUUUAACAGCUCUCCCCUCAUUGCCUCUGUGAUGGGGGGGGGGAAUCUCUACCUGUUAAAUUUCUGUCCAUCACACAGCUGUCACAGAGGCCCCUACCCCAACAGUGUUAACCCUAAACUAAAGCGUUCUAUCCCCACCCCGCUUUCCAAGGGUGUUUUCAUUCCCCUCACCCAUGUCAUCUAGCUAAGGAUGGGUUGAUUGAUGGUAGGAACCAGGCACUGCUAGGCUGCAGGGUGGAGUCAGAGGCCUUUUAACACACCUUAGCUGCAAACAAAGGGGAAAAGAUGGGUGCUCUAUGUACUUUUCAUUGCAUGUGUAUAAGAUGGUAUUUUAUAUAUAUAUUGUCACAAAAAGGCUUGCUCUGGAAGGCUUAAAACAAAGUGCCACCAGCUUUUGUUUAAUAGUCUAUGAACCAAGGGCCUACAAUGGCUUAGAAUAUAAAUUCAAGCAAUGUCAUUAAAACAAAAAUACAAAAACCAAAUGGAAUUCGGGAAUUCAAUCACAGAAAACACUGUCUGAUCUUAUAGGUAGAGAAAGCCAGAGCAAAAAGGUGUGGACAGUGUCCAGCUGACCUGUCCCAUCAGCACAGUUUACAACUGUUCAAUUGAACUUUCCCCCCUCGCGCCCAUCUGUGUCCUCCUCCAAUCUGUUCUGGAAGGUUGUGGGAACCCCUAGAGCAGACUGGUGGGCAUGGGAACGGGAGAGGAGGGGACAUUCAGUUCACAAAUGGAAAUCUUUAUGCUGAUGGGAUGCAUUAGUUGUUUACUGCCCUAGAUGUCUGAAGCAACUGAUGACGAGUUGCUGCUUCUCUUGUGGCAGAUGGAAAGGCAUAAUACAGGAGCAAUAGCAAAAAAUGCCUCUUUUUGGGUCCCCUAUGAUAUUCUGUAUGGUGUGGUGCCACAAGAGGUUAUCUAAAUUAAGGUGGUUGAUGUAGGAGCAGGCAGUCUUUCAGGUAACCUGCAAUAUAGUAUCAACCACUUUCUAAGUCCCAUGUCAUUAUAAGGACAUGGUGGGGGAGAGUUUUCUUUCAGGAAUGCUACCUCACUAUAGUCCUUGGUGUAAAAUAGAGGAUGGACCACCCCUCAGGCUCUAUUAACAGUUUUAUCCAGAAAUGAAAUCUAAAAAACACUUUUCCCUCACAUAAUUUAUACAUUUCGUAUUCUCUGUACUGUACCUUUCCUGUGAUGCUCCCACAAAUAUUUCAGUAAAUUAUAGAUCUUCUCCAGUGAGAAAGGGCCAAACUAGGUAAAAUGGGUAAAAAGUUAUUUUUUGGUAAAAGCUCCCUAUUACCAACAGGCAAUGAGGUAGAUAUGUUUAUACUAUCAAAAAAAGGCUGCCUCAUUUAUUCACCCCAAAUUAUAAUGUACUGUGGAGAAUAGAAGACAUAAAUGCCAUUUGACCAAUAGCACUUUCUAAUAUGUGCUGUGGUCUAAACCACUGAGCCUAGGGCUUGCUGAUCAGAAGGUCGGCGGUUCGCAUCCCCGUGAUGGGUUGAGCUCCCGUAGCUUGGUCCCAGCUCCUGCCAACCUAGCAGUUCGAAAGCACGUCAAAGUGCAAGUAGAUAAAUAGGUACCGCUCCGGCAGGAAGGUAAACAGCGUUUCCGUGUGCUGCUCUGGUUUGUCAGAAGCAGCUUAGUCAUGCUGGCCACAUGACCCAGAAAAACUGCGGACAAACGCUGGCUCCCUUGGCCAGUAAAGUGAGAUGAGCACCACAACCCCAGAGUCGUUCGCGACUGGACUUAACUCUCAGGGGUCCUUUACCUUUCAUAUGCGGGCAGUGUAUCAGAAUAUAAUUGCCAAGUAAAUCAUUAGUAUUUGAAAAGAGUACUAUCUCAUUGCUAACAAGGAUGCUGCAGUGGUAACACUGAGCAGGAAGUUCUUGGUUUGAAAUGAUUGCACAACAACCACAAAAAGCUCGUUUGACUUCCAGGUGUUUAUAGCAUGUGCAACGAUAUUUCUACUGCUAAUUUUCUUUAUUUUUUAUUAAAAAUACUUUUUUUUUUCCUCUACCUCUGCUUCAGUCAAGGGAUUGUAAAGUCAUGGGAGAUAAUGAAGGUGCAGCUAUGCAUGGCAGGAAAGCAAAGUACCUGAAUAUCCUUGCUUUGAUAGUGGGAAUCACAUUCUUCGUUAGUAUGGUCGCCGUGAUUGCGUCUGAUCCACCACCUUUCCAUAGAGCAGUGAAAGCAAUACUGCAGAGAUACCAAUGAUUCGAGCUGGCUAAGUUGGAACUUGUAUGUUAAGGAUAUUCUGCUCCGUACUGUAUUUAUAUCCUUAGUGUGCAUUGGCUGCACUUUCUUCUGCUUUGAUUAUACCCACUUUGCUCUUAAUACUUUCAAGGAAUGAGACAGUCUAAAGAAGACAGGACAUCCGACACAUCUGAAGAUAUAAAGGUUUAUGCUCUUCUUUGCAGCUCUACAAUCCCACCUUGUUUACAAGGACUAUGAAAGGUUAGGGUGAUCAUCCUCAACUUCUUUAUCCAGUUUGUGUUUCUCAAUACCUGUCUCAAUGUUUGAGUGAUGUUUUCUCUGUCCUAAAGUCUGGAUUUGUGGCAUUCCUAGUUCAUGAUGUUGAUGGGAACCAUCACUCUUUCUGUUUCAUUUUUCAGUAUUUUCACAGGUUUCUCAAUUAAAGUGUAUUAGAGCUUUCAUGUAUUGAAAUAUGAAGUCUCUGGUGAAUUCUCUGCAAAUAAAGGCAUAUCCUUCUGAUUCUGUGGAA